UGGCUGAGGAAUAAAACUAACGUGAGCGCCUUGCGUGUUUCGAGGACAAAGAGCCCGGCGACCCGGGUUCCAGGAGGUGUUAACAUUUCAUGCCUCCCGUGCCAGGUCAUGGAGGACUUCAACAAUGUCGCUGUGCUCAUCGCCGCCGCCGCCGCCUCCUCUUCUUCGUCUCCGCCUUUGUCUGAACCCCACGAGCAGCAGCACAUCCUGGACACCCCCAGUCGCAAACCAGACGCCGACUCUCUCAUCCAGGUCAUCGAGAAGCUGAGUAAAAUUGUGGAGAAGCGACCCCAGCGUCACUGCACCCUGACGGGACACAAGAGGGUCCAGCCAAGAGCAGGAGGAGGUUCUCCCUACCAGAAGCUGAGUGUGGAGCAUGUGGAAGGCGACCUAAACAACAACGGUGGCGAACGCAAGCGCGCGGUGACGUGCUACCAAUGCAGCUUGUGCCCGUACCUGUCGCCCAAGCUGGCACUGCUCAAGGAGCACCUGAAGCAGCACAACGAGCACAACCAGGACUUGAUCCUCAUGUGCUCAGAGUGUCGCUUCAGCUCCCGAGACCAAGCGCGACUGGAGGAGCAUGUCAGGAUGCACCUGGACAACAGUGCAGAUGCCAAGGGGGGCGAGGACGGACCCAGCAGGGACGCCGACCCGGUGGGCUCAGAGUGCGAGGGCGACAUUGAGCAGAAGAAGAAAAAGAAGUGGUAUGUUUACGAGGAGUACGGCCUGUACCGCUGCCUGAUCUGCAGCUACGUGUGCAGCCAACAGCGUAUGCUCAAGACGCAUGCCUGGAAGCACGCCGGCCUCCUCGACUGCUCCUACCCCGUUUUCGAAGAGGAGGAGGAGAAAGCAACCUCAGUAGUUGUGGCAGAGCCCGCCAGCCGAGAGGCAGAGUCCCAGACCAUCUCCGCCGCCUUCAAGCUGUGCGCGCCGCUUCCAGACCACGAAUCAAGUCCGCCCCGCGUCGGCAAAGAGGAACAGAGCGAGUUCGACGUCAAGGAGCUGAGCCCCGGGGAGUCUGCGAUGGAGGUGCACGUCACUGCGGAGGUUGACGUGGAGGCGCCGUCUGUGGCCGACAGCCUGCUGACGUCGGCGCAGAAGAUCAUCAACAGCGACCCCAACAGCGCGGGUCACAUCAACGUGAUCGUCGAGCGUCUGCCCUCUGCCGAAGAUGGCGUCAUGGCCCCCGCACCAAUGCUGCUCGACCCUGGAGUGGACGCCGGCCAGAGCUUAUUGGACGUCAAAGAGGAGGAGCAAGGGCAAAGCGGCGACUCUCCUCGAGACGAGAACGUACCGCCGGCAGGACGCAAGAGGACUCACUCGGAGUCUCUCCGCCUUCACUCAUUGGCUGCCGAGGUCCUGGUGGCCAUGCCCAUGAGGACCCCUGAGCUCAAACUGGAGGCGGCGUCCAUGGUGGAGCAUCACGGAAACGUGGACGAGGGCCCGGGAUUCCUGCUCAAGUAUGGAAAGAACCCCGAGGGCCCUGCCGCCGCCAACGCCGGCAUCAGCUCAUCCCUGCUAACCGUCAUUGAGCGUCUCCGCGAGCGUUCGGACCAGAAUGCCUCGGACGAGGACAUCCUCAAGGAGCUGCAGGACAACGCCAACGCCAUCCCGGAGGACCCGGGGGCGCCGUCCGACGGGGGUCUGGUGGACUUCGUGGCCGGCAGCGAGCGGCCGUACCGCUGCCGGCUGUGUCGCUACAGCAGCGGCAACAAGGGCUACAUCAAGCAGCACCUACGGGUGCACCGUCAGAGGCAGCCGUACCAGUGUCCCAUCUGCGAGCACAUCGCCACAGACAGCAAGGACCUGGAGACGCAUAUGAUCCACCAUUGCAAGACCAGGAUGUACCAGUGCAAGAUGUGCGCACACGCCUUCCACUACAAGAGUCAAUUAAGAAGUCACGAGCGGGAGCAUCACAGCCUCGGUGACGUGGACGCGCCAGCGCUCGCGGCUGUCGACGAAACGGCGUCCGCGGCGGAGGAAGCCGAUCGCGACACGGACGAAGGUGGUGUCCUUCCGAAGACAUUCAAGUGCGAUGUGUGCGACUACACCAGUGCGACCUACGUGGGCGUCAGGAACCACAGACGCAUUCACAACUCAGACAAACCUUACCGGUGCUGCAACUGUGACUUUGCCACCACCAACAUGAACAGCUUAAAGAGUCACAUGAGGAAACACCCUCAGGAGCACCAGGCUGUGCAGCUCCUCGAGCAGUACAGGUGCUCGCUGUGCGGCUACGUGUGCAGCCACCCGCCGUCCCUCAAGUCGCACAUGUGGAAGCACGCCGGAGACCAGAACUACAACUACGAGCAGGUCAACAAGGCCAUCAACGAGGCCAUCUCGCAGAGCAGCCGAGCUCCUGUGAAGGCGUCUACGGGGCCGGAGUCUCUGACGGCAUCCUCGCAGGACACUGACAAGGUCCCGGCAGAACAACCUCUGGAACCCCUGAUUGCGCUCCCCAAAUCCAGCCCAGACCCCUCGUCCCCCCAAAGAAGUUCACCGUCACCUGUCCAGGUACAAGUCCCGCCCCAGCCGCCCGGUGGCGGCGUGGAGUACUGCGUGCUGCUCUUCUGCUGCUGCAUCUGUGGCCUGGAGUCACCGAGCAAGGAACGACUGAUGGAGCACAUGAAGGAGCACGAGGGAGACCUCAUCAGCAUCAUACUCAACAACAAGGAUACGCACGCAUACACGCAGGCAGCGCAGUAAGGCCUCGCCCCCCACCCUCUUGUAACCCCCAAGAAUGACUAGAAUAUUUCACACGCUCAUUUACCUCAGUGGUCACGCUUAUCUUGUCAACCAGCUCCUCAAGUCCUGUUGGCUACAUUUUAUAGCAAGCGCGCACAGUGGAACAUAGACCUCCGCCAAUAACAAUUUAGUUCACGUUCCAAUUGGAGUUGCAUGACCAAAUUUAUAUUCGUCGUGUUUUGUGAAAGUGAAAAGUGAAAGUAAAAAGUGAACAAACCUGAGGAUUCUUAAAAGCAGCGUCCAGUAGUUGACAUUGUUGCUCGUUCUUCUUUUUGUUCCACAAACGUCCGCCUUGUUCCCCCCCCCACCCCAUACUUUUUUCCAACUAUAAUCAGAACUUUUCACUCAUUUCUGCUUCGAGAUGCGUUGCUAAUAAAUUGUUUCUUUGUUAGCGGUUAGCGAGCUAAGCUAGGCCGAAGCUUCAACAUGCGCCAAAGUUCUGCCGGACACGAAGAUUGAACCAAAAUUGUAUUUUGAUAAUGUUUCCCAUUUCAAAUGCAGUUAAGCUUGAGCUGAGCUUAUUCUUGGAACAACCCAUGCUACAAACACAAUUGAGUGAAUAAUUCAUUUGAAUAAUAAUCCAUUUGAAAAUGAAUAAGGUGUAUUGCAUUUUUCCCUCAUCAGACUUCAUUCUCAUGGGGAAAAAAAAAAUAAUAUUCAUUUAAGAUGCUAUUUUUGUCAAACUAUAUUGCUAUAAGAUUUAUUUUCUAGAAAAGUUUUUUUUUUUCUAUAAAAAAUAGUGAGCCCCCACACAAAAGACGAGCACCCCUGCCCCAUCUAAAUCCUCCCUGUACUCUGCUUUCAUACUUUUUGCACACAAUACAUUUUUUUAUUUUUAUUUUUUUUUUUAUUUUUUAUUUUUUUUUUACAUUCAGACCGCUCUCUGCUUAGCAAGGUGUUAAACGAGACUUUGUUAGCGGCUAGCAAGCUAAGCUGUUCGAGCUCGAAGUUUAAAUGCAUAGACACAAUUAUUAUUUCUUUUUUUCCCGGACAUGGGCACUUAACUGUUUUAGUACAGUAGUGAUUGACUUACUGUGUCAAUAUUUCAGUGAUAUAUACACACUUUUUUUUUCCUCUCGUUUAAAUUAAAUAAAUCUGCGCUUACUAUUGGAACAAUUCUCUUGCUAUGACGAGAGUAAACUAGGGCUGUGCCGAAUAAUUCAGUACUUGAUCAUUAACAAGAUGUAAUAGUCUUGUGUGAUUAUUUUUCCAAAGAAAUCUAGUGGGGGGAAAAAAAAAAUAUGCCUCAAAAUUACAAUUCUUGAAAAAAUUGCUUGAGAAGUUGGCAAAUAUUCCAGCAAGAUUCCUUUCCUAGAAAAAAAUAUUCUAAAAUGUGACUUUUUCAAAGUGACACGCCACCACACCAACCCCCUCCAGAAAAAAAAAAUCUAUUCUCUUAAAGUGAUGCUCAAGGAAAAAAUGUUUUAUGCAUUUCAAAAAAAAAAGACUGUUCUAGAAAAUACAUUUUCAAAAAUAGUGAUGAAAGACCACCACCCGCACGCCCCUAAUGACUCCUAUGAAUACAAAUAGACUAAAGUUAACUAGGCAUGGGCAGAAUAAUCCAUCAAUUUCUCAUUGAGAUGAUGGUAAUGUGUUGUUAGGCCCCCCCCCACACAAAAAUUCGGAAGAGAAAGUUCUUAUACUCUUUCACACUUCUCACACACAUUUUCACAGUCAUAAGAUGAAGCUCACACUCUGCUUAGCGAUGUGUUAACGCGUUUAAAAAAAAAAAAAAAAAAAUUCUUUAAAUCAGGCCAUGAAGAUUUGAUGUGGACAUAUUGUCAAGGCAUACCUAUGUUCUGUACUAAUUCAGGAAGACUUCAGUGAAGUGAAAAUUGCGUUCUACUUUUUGUCUUAAAAUGUAGUUAAAGGAUUCCUUUAAGAUGAGUUUAUUGGAAUGACCCGAAUGGAAAGUUAACCAUGGAUGGGUGGAAUAAUCAAAUAGUCACUGGACAAGUGAAAAAACCUGCGGGUUCUUUGGGGGGGGAAGCAGCUUGUAGUUCAGUCGCUCCUCUUGUUAAAUUUAGCUGCACUUAUUGGAACUACAGAUACAGUAAACAAGGGGCGUGUGAAAUAAUCCAUAACUACAUCAUCAAGAUGUAAUAAGUCUUGUUCAAUAAUUUUUCUGAAGGAAAAAAAAAAUCACACUAUUGUUAAAGGCAUGCUUCAAAAUAGCCGUUCUUAAAAAAAAAAAAAAUAAUAAUAAAAUGGGCAGAGUAACUCAACUGAUCAUACUUCUUGUGCGAUUAUGGCAUUUUGACAAUUCCUUCAACUGUUGGGGGAAAAAAGACAAUUGUUUAAAAAAUGUAUUUUUUUUAUUUUUUUUUUUAUAUAAAAGUUAUAAGGUUAAAACGACAAUGUUUGUCACUCUUGUUUGCUUAGCAAUGUGUUGCUAAUAAACGCUUCUCCUUGUUAGCGGCUAGCAAGCUACGCUAAAUCUGUGUAGGUCGAGAAGCUUCAAUGUGCACAAAAGCGCUUCUAUCCGGACAUGAUUUAUUGUUUUAGUCUCAUAAAGUAGUACUGGAUGUCCUGAAUUUAGUGACACAAGAAUUGUACACAUCUAAGAUUCUGCUGGGGGUUAAGAGGACAAUUACUAUUUUCGUGGGGAAAUUCUGAAAAAAGGCUAGCCUUGUUAGACUAUUCAAACUUUAAAAAAAAAAAAAAAAAGAAGCUAAUUCUUGAAGAAAUAGAAAAACUUGAUUCCGAAUGAUCUUAAAAAAUAGAGCCUUUUUUUUUUAGGAAAAAUGCUAUUUUUGAGGGGAAAUUUUGAAAAAUGUAUUGCUAAUUUUGUAACAUUGACUUGAUGUACAGUCAAUUUAAAAAAAAAAAAAAAAAAAAAACACCACUUUGUGCAAAGAAAAAUGCUCAGAAAUUUGACUGAAGAUGCAACUUUUACUGUAUUUAGCCCUUUUUUCCCGAAUAAAAAAUAUGAAAAAAAUGGGCAAUGAAGUGGGUAAAAAUCAGUGUUAGCUCACAUUUUCAAAGCAAAACUUUUUUCUUUUUUUUUUUUUUAAUUCCCCCACCACCUUCGGGGGAGCAUUCCCCCCCUCCCCUCUAAAAAGCUUAUUAGACUUGUAUAGGGAAAAAUACCAUUGCUUUUUAAAGUGUAGGUUUUUUAUUUUUCAACGAAACUACACCUUAACUUUUUUUCCUCUGAAAAAGAUUACUUGAUUCUUGACAAUAUUUCUUAAAUCUGAUUGUCUAAAUUUCUAAGUUCUAUUUCUAUUACAUCUUAUUUUUAUUGUAAAAAAAGAAAAUUCUGGAAAAAUUCGACUUCGUGAGUGAAUGUGCAAUUUGCCUCCAAAAUACAUUUUCUAUGGAUUCUAGAAUAAUUUUAUUCUCUAAAAAAAAAAAAAAAAAUACAUAUUCUAAAAAUAUGCCUCUUAUACCCUUCCCAAAAAUGUACUUUUUUAUUCUUGUAAGAUGUUAUCUUUUACAGGAGAAAAAAAAUUUGUUAGCGCCCAGAAAAUAUCAGUGACGACUGCGUAAAUAAAGCAAAAUAAAAUCAAAUAAAGCAAAUCAUUCGUCGUCAUCAGUUGGAUCGAGGUGAAAUGCUGCGCAGGUGCUUGGUUCACUCACCUAGUUUGCUGUUCAAAGAAGUCGUGACAACAUUCAGAUUCUACCAUAAGAUUAAAAAAAAAAUAAAAAAAACAUUCGACCCCCCCCCCCCCCAAGCAAUGUAGUAAAAUGUCCAUCCCUGAAGCGCUGAAACUUUAAUCAUCUGUAGGCACAGAUUUGUAGUUUUUGCUUCUUCACCCCCCAUCCAAAUGUAACUUCUUGGCGGAGGUAACCCAGACAAAUUCUGUUUGCAGUGGUGUUGUGAUGGAGCGCUGGUCCAAGUUCAUACCUCGUUUAAACAAAAACCAUGCUAGUGCAAGGCAGCUUUUUUUUAUUAUUAUUAUUAUUUUUUUUUCAAUAGCUACUGUCAUAUUUAAUGUUUAUUUAAUAAUGUGUGAACUCAUUCACAGCUUGAGUUUAGGUGUUUGUAUGCAUGUUUCUUUCACGACACUUUGAAAAGGAAAAAGUGGAUUGUAAUUGAGUGAAGUUGUUCGCGUUACAAGGAAAAAAUAUUUUUGAGGGGGAGAAGGGAUGUUAACAGAGGGAAUCUGCUUUUUUAAUUUUCCCUAAAUUGUGUCUAAAAACCGGAAAAUGUAUAGUGUCAACUUCAUUUUUUAUAUAUGCAUAUAUAUUGCCCCAACAUGUACGGUCUAUUUUUAUAUGUAAUCUUUUUGUUGACUCUUUUUAAAAAUACUUUCUAGCAUAAAAAAGAGGGGGGAAAACACUGACUGCUGUGCCCGCUAACAUGAAAUCAGGUGACAAUAAAACGUGUCGUCACAUUUAAUUAAAAGGCGAGCAAAA